UCAGGUCAGGUCAGGUCAUCCUUCAUAUUCAUACUUCACAAUCUAGGGUUUCACCUCUUCAUCAACCACCACAAAUGGCGGUAGAACAAUCCACCACCACCACCACCACCACAGAUCCACCAACCGCCAUCACACAACCACAAUCUCUCCCCCUAAUCCGAAACCUAGCCUCCUGCAACACCGCCGCUAGGUCAAAAGCUCUCCGAGAACUCACCUCCUGGCUCCCAACACAGCCCCAAAUCUCAGACGACGAGAUGAAAAAGCUCUGGAAAGGCCUCUUCUACUGCAUCUGGCACGCCGAUAAAGCUCCGGUACAAUCCAAUCUCAUUAACAAACUCUCCUCCAUGCUCUUAACCCUAGAUGUUCCGUUAUCGCUUCAUUAUCUAUCUGUUUUUUUCACCACUGUUCGCCGUGAAUGGUCCGGUAUUGAUGUCCUUAGGUUAGAUAAGUUUUACUUGCUUAUUCGCCGGUUUGUUAAUUCUAGUUUUAAAUUGAUGAAAAAGUAUGAUUGGAAUUUGGAUUUGUGUCGGCGUGUGGUUAAUGUGUUUGAAGAGAAGUGUUUGUUGGCUAGUGAGAAGAAGUUUUUAGGUAAUGGUGUUAAUUAUCAUAUUGCUUCGGUUUUUCUCGAUGAAUUGAACGGUUAUUUGCCGGUUAGCGGACAAGAAGUGUAUCAAGUGUUUGAGAUUUUGUUCAAGCCUUUGCUUAGGGUUAUGAGUGUGAGUGAAGAUAAGGUGUUGGUUGGGAAAAUUAAGAGUAAUGUUUUCGAGCGGUUGUUGUGUAUGGGGAAGAGUUUGAUUGCGAAGAAGAAGAGUGGAGGAGAGGGGGAAGGGGAAGAGGAUAGCGAGGUUGUGAAUUUGGGGACAAUCGCGUUGAAAAUGGGGUUUGCGAGUAAGUUUUAUGAUUUAGGGUCGGGUAGUGAGUGUUUUCAAGGGAAUAGGAAGGUUUUGUUCGGGUUGAAUAAGGAGUUUUUGAAGUUGGAGAAGGAGUUGGAAGCUUCGGGUGUGGAUGUUAAGUUUCCGACUGUUGAAGGUGACGACGGUGAUGAAGAGGUUCCGGAUUUGGUACCUAUUGUUGGUAAUGAGACGCAGAAUAGUUCUGUUUUGCUAUUGGAAGGUUCGAAAAGUGUAGCAGAAGGAUCGAAGAAGUCUUCGAAGAAAAAGAAGAAGAAGAAGGGGGCUAAAGAGGGGUUAGAUAGUGAAAAACAAGAAACGGGAAAAGAAAAUGACGAUGCUAACAUGAUUACCGCAAAUGGGGAGAGUGCAAGCAAUGGUGUAGCUAGUGAUACGAAUGAUGUUUCGUUUACCGAGCUUUUUAAAUCAAAUCUUCAGAAGGAGUUUGAGAAGGUGGCUGAAGAAGAUGGUUUGGAUAAAGAUGGCGAAUCAAGCUUGCAUGAAGAUUUAUCAACAAUCACCAUCUCCAGUACUAAAGUUUCGAAAAAGAGAAAACGAGUGAAGAGUGUUGAAGCCCGCGGAGCAAACAAUGGUGACAACACUGAACAAGGAGGUACCGCCAUGAAGAGUGGUGGUGAAAAGAGCGCGAAAAAAGUUAGAUUUUCAAAGAAUAACUUGGUUUGGAAGCCACAGAGUCCGUUGCCACCUCAAAGUCUCAGAAUUCCGCCGUCUGUUACGCCUAGAGGCAGUGCGUUAAAGAAAGGGGUGCCACCUGGACCAAUUAGAGAGAUGCCGCCUGCAGUGAAAAAGGCGAAGAAGAAGAAGGCGAAGGUUAGGAAGGUGAUGAAGACCACCUCCCCUGCAAUGAAACGAUUGAGGAAGCUGCAGACGCUUUCGACUUAACUCAUGAUGAAGGUUUGAUCAUCCUUUAUGAUUGUAUUUCUUUUUCUUUUUAUAUUCAUUUUUUAUGGACUUUGAGAUUUCAUGUUUCUGGUGCUUGUCUUUCAAAAAUUGGACGGUAUCUUAUAUACUCUAUUAGUCUGUAGUCUUAUAGUUUGUUACUUGAGUUAAUCUGAAACUGAUGGAUAUGGGAAUUUCAUGAUUUGCAAUUGCCAAAU